GCCCAGUAACCGAGGAGCGACUGCUGACUAUGUGGAUAAUGAGAGAAAUGAUGGCAGAAAUUUCGGAAUCUAUUCAAAGUACCAUUAAAACACAAAUACAAUCACUCAGACGGGAGAUUCAUGAGAUUGGGAACCGCACUUCCCAUAUAGAAUCCAAAAUGGAUGAAUACACAACAAGCUCCAGGAAUUUGAAGACAUCUCGGAAAACACAGGCUCAAACGGUUUCUCCUGGAUCUGUCCUCCAUGUCAAUCAAUGUCCGAUUCAGAGGCAUAUCGAGUCGGUGACCAACGCCGACUUGGAACAAAUCCAUUAG